AUGGACGAGUACGCGAGCUUUCCCUCUGCUCCCAUCUCCUCCCAGCCCAAUACUCCAGGGUGGUACACCCCAUCCGCAAACGUCCCAGGACGAGGAGGCUACCAUGCCAAUCCCUCGGAACCCCCGGACUACUUUCCCCAAUUCCAGCCAAACCCCCCUCAAGUGUCUAUCAAUGAUAAGGUCAAGGUGCCCCCGCCGAUUCUCUUGCGGUAUGCCGGAACAAACACUCUGAGCAACAAGGGGUGUUUAAAGAUACAUGUGCCGGGAUGGGCGACGACGUUGAUACAGCCUCCGCAGAUUUUUGCCACAGGCGAACGUUUGGCCCCUCAAGACGAUACAGUUCUCACAGGCUCUCUCGAAGUCAUCAUGAAGGAGCGCCGCAAAGUUCAAGCCAUCUCUGUCGGUGUGCAAUCGGUCUGUCGUUUGUUCAUGGGUGAUACUAGAGGAUGGGAGGAAGAUGGUGUCUUUGAGCGGGGUGUAGAGGUGCUGGGCGGGAAUGAAGAAGGGAUUUGGUUGGAGCAGGGAAGCCAGUCAUUCAGCUUCAACAUCCUCCUUCCAGCUACGCUGGCCACUACCAACUGGCACAAAUUUGGCCGUCUAUCCUACAUCAUCACCGCCCGCGUCCAAGGCGUCUCUCCCGCGCCAUACAGCAACUUUCCAUCCCUAUUCAAAGCCAACACUUCCCUGCACCUCGACCCCGAAAUCCGAUUCGUACACGAUUUCGAAAAAGUCAUUGCUCGUUCCGCGCAAGUAUUGGAAGAAGAGCGCCGGGGCCGCGCGAGGGAGGUGGGGCUGAGCCCGGUCAGGGAGAAGGGAAGGAGCACGAGCAAAGGUGGUGUGGUGGGUCAUAUGCGAGACCUUUCACUCGGCUCUGGGGAUAAAGACGAUCGCAUCACUCACGGGCGUACACCGUCCCCAUCCAUGGGCGGUCAUUACACCCGCCGUCAGAACGCCGAAAACCCCCAAACCACCCCUCCUGCAGAGAGCGACUUGUCCAAACACCUGCAGCUUCGCUCCGAAAAGACCGGCUGGAUGAAGGGCGACCUCGUACAAUCGCGCGAACUCUGGAUCCAAGCCAUCUCGCCUGUUACUGGGGAUGUGGUGCCCCUCGAUAUGAGGCGAGAGUCGUUUAUGGAAGGUCUGGGUCCUUGGAAGUUUAGAGCCAGCGCAGACGUGUUUGCGAUCGCUGCCGUCAUCCUCAUCGAUUUCAGAUUACCUUCGCCGAAACCGACGACAUCCAUCUUCCUCCUCCGUCUUACGCUUUCGCAGCGGUACACUUUGACGUCUCCGCGGACACCAGAUCUUCCGCCGUACGAGCCCCAGCCGGCACAGGAUUUCGUCAUCUAUCAAGUUGGCAAACCCGGAUGGCAGGGGGAGAGGUUCCCUGGGCUGGAUGUGGGAGCGCUAUGGAGGGGGACCGAGGUGGAAGGGAAGAUUGCUGAAUCGGAGGAGGGCAAGAAAGGGGUUAGCUCGAAGGGCCAGUCGCAGGAAGGGUGGAAGAUUAAGGCUGUUGCGAGGUUGCCAACGCAUGAUAAAAUCAGGCCGUCAACCAACGAGGGCACGAUCACGCCUAUACGCGUAUCACACGAGUUGAUCAUACAAGUGUACUAUUCAUGCUAUGGCGAGAAGCUGAAUGGCGAAAAGGUCAAUGGUCCUGGAGAACUACGCCGCAUGACUUCAAGAUCCCCCAUCAACGUCCCAUCUUGCCACUGUAUCGACGAAGCCCUUCACCUUCCCCCAUACGACUCCCUCUCUCCAACUUCCUCCUCCUCCGGAAUCGAUUCUGUCAUCUCCUCCCCGCCCGACAAGAAGAAAUGGUGCAUGUGCGGCCCGUCUUUUGAAGAGCUCGGCAAGGCGGCGAUGGAGAAGGAUCGGAUAAGGGAAGCGUUAGAAGAGAAUAUGGAGGAAGAGGAGGGAGGUGGGGCUGGGGGGAGUCGGGAUGCGGAGAGGGUUGGAAGGUUGAGGGUUAGGGCAGAGGCAAAUGCGAGAAAUAAGGCUACUUCGGGUGGGUCGGGAGGAUCGGGCGGGUCGAGAUGA